CAAGGCGAAGGCAGGAUUAAUUUGCUUAUUGAACAAAGUUGAGGUGGGUUUUCUUGAUUCCCCCAGCCUUCCUCUUUCAGUGCAGCCUAAUGCACAGCCAGUGGGGUGACGAAGGCACUUCAGCAUCACUGUAGUCUGUUCUCCACACAGUUUUUCAGCGUGUUGCAAUCUUUCUGGCCACCUCAUUCUCCUCCUUAGCACACUGGAAGCAAAGUGGGAGGCAAUUUGCCACCUCAUAGCUACCUUUGAAAGCCUGAAGCACUCAAGUGACACACCUUCUCCUCCACAUUAUCUGCUUUCUCUCAGGCUGCAGGACUAAUCAUAAAGAAGACAGGGAAAAAAAAUCAGCCUUUUGUUUUGAAUAACAACUAGUGUUUUGUUAGCAGAUAUGAAUAGUCCAGGCCAACAGUCCCCACAAUUCAUCAAGUGCCGAACCAUUUCGGUAGGAACACACUAAUCGCAGUCAUUACCCAGCUAAUGAUGCAUUUUGGAGCAGCAAAGUGGAGGAGGAGAGGUGGCUGUGGAAUGUUAAACCAAGAGGUGGGGGAGUAUAAUGUACUUCCUUACAGAUCUCUCAGGAGGCAGAGCCUCCAGCUACAUUUUGAUUGUUCUUUUGAAUCGAGUAUUUUGUGUCUUAGCAAGUUCUGAAUGCCUGUUAUUUAGAAGGAACUAAAUACUCCCAUUGUUCGUGGAAAGCGUUUCGCUCGUUCCCGGAGCGUCUCGAAAAUUACCUCCUUGAAAUGCAACUAUUUCCAUCGAGCCGAGCAGCGGAACAGUUUGUCCCGAGCAGACGCAAUCCCUGCAAUCCCUGUCGAGGGGAGCAGCCCCACGGCUGCAUCCUCCGUCGCCAUGGCGACCGCUCAGCCCGCGGGGACCGGCGCGCACAGGGAUGCUCGGCACGGGGAUGAUGCUCGGCACGGGGAUGAUGCUCGGCACGGGGAUGCUCGGCUCCAGCAACUCCAGCGCUGAGCAACUUCCCUCGCCCUCGGUGUGGCCGCGGCUCCCGGCGGCAGCGGGCCGGCCAGCCAUGCAGGGCUCGCCGCGGCGGCGCUCGGCCGUCAGCAUCUUUAGCCAUUUCUUCCAGGGUCGGAGGCAUUCCUCCUCCGACCCCCUCCUCCGCAUGAGCCAGAGGCGCCGGAGCUCGGUGGUGGAGCUGCUCUCCUCGUCCACCCACCGCGUGAUGGUGGCUCUGUCGUCGCUCAGCCCCGAGGAGCUGGAUGCAACUUUUCCCGAGAAAAAAAGAGGCUCCAGGCGCCCCACGGCCAAGUACACGAAGGUGGGGGAGCGCCUGCGCCACGUCAUCCCGGGGCACAUGCAGUGCUCCAUGGCCUGCGGGGGACGGGCCUGCAAGUACGAGAACCCAGCCCGCUGGAGCGACCAGGAGCAAGCCAUCAAAGGGCUCUACUCCUCCUGGAUAACAGAUAACAUCCUGGCUAUGGCUCGACCCUCAACAGAAUUAAUUGAAAAGUACAACAUUAUUGAGCAGUUUGAAAGAUAUGGCAUAAAAACCAUAAUUAACCUCCAGCGUCCUGGGGAGCAUGCGAGCUGUGGGAAUCCUCUGGAACAAGAGAGCGGCUUCACCUACCUUCCUGAAGCCUUCAUGGAGGCUGGAAUUUAUUUUUAUAAUUUCGGAUGGAAGGAUUAUGGAGUGGCAUCUCUCACUACUAUACUUGACAUGGUAAAAGUGAUGACUUUUGCCCUGCAGGAGGGGAGGGUGGCUGUUCACUGCCAUGCAGGACUUGGGAGGACAGGUGUUCUAAUAGCUUGCUACUUAGUUUUUGCCACAAGAAUGAGUGCUGACCAAGCGAUUCUUUUUGUCAGAGCGAAAAGGCCUAAUUCCAUCCAGACCAGGGGGCAGUUACUGUGCAUCAGGGAAUUCACUCAGUUCUUGGUUCCCCUGCGAAAUGUGUUUGCCUGCUGUGAGCCCAGGGCUCACACAGUGACCCUGUCCCAGUACCUGACCCGGCAGAGGCAUCUGCUCCACGGCUACGAGAGCAGGCACCUCAAGCACGUGCCAAAGCUGGUUUACCUGGUCUGCAAAUUGCUGCUGGACUUGGCUGAGAACAGGCAGGUGGUGGAGGCGGAGCUGCUGCACAUCCCAGACCUCUCAGCUGAGAUCGAGAAUACCGUUUCUCAGUUGGUGUCCACGCAGCUCGACCAAGACUUUGCCAGGCAGGACAGCGAGAUGUCAGACUCAUCCCACACCCACUCCUCUGCUUUUGAGACCCAGGAUUCUCAUUGCUCCCUGGGUCACGAGUGUGAUUCUUUCUGUAAAAGAAGGAAUGUCGAAUGCCUUCAGCCUCUUACUCAUCUGAGAAGGCGUCUGAGCUACAGUGAGUCAGAUCUGAGGAGACCCGAGUUUCUUCUAGAACAAGACAACACUCUCUGGACAGUGCCUGCUCAGAUACUGCAGUGCAGCAAACUCAAGCAGAACAGCAGUGAGGAAUGUUCUGCCCCAGGUGAACCGAAGGCCCCGCAGGAACUGAACAAAGAGGCCUUAGUGCGCAGCACGUGCAUGUUCUGGAGCCAGGGCAGGUUCAACCUGGAUGGACGGAGAGAGGGGCCCUCACUGUGCCACAGGAGGAGCUCCACCAGAGAAGUCCAACGCAGCAGAACCUUCUCUUCAGGCCUUGCCUCCAUCCACAACGCCAGGGAACCCGGAGUGCCGAGGCACGGCUUUGCUGAGGAGCUCGGGCCCAGGAAGCACCUCAAGACUAACAUGUAUGGCAGGACAGUCUUCGCCUCCGAGGACUCUGACUCUUCUUCUUCUUCUUCCAAAGCGAACUUUUCCAUUGGGUAUGAAAGCCAAGGUAGCAGAGAUGUGUCGGAGACAAUUCCACACAUUGUUCUGCAGUCAGAAUUAAGUCUGGAAGCCCGGAGAGUUUUGGCAGCAAAAGCACUGGCAGAUAUAAAUGAAUUUCUGGAAGAGGAUGAAGUGAAGCAGAAGGUAGAAGUAUGGCAGAAAGAACUGAAUUCUCGAGAUGGAGCUUGGGAUAAAAUCUGCACCGAGAGAGAUCCUUUUAUCCUCUGCAGCUUGAUGUGGUCCUGGAUAGAGCAGCUUAAAGAACCUGUUAUAUCCAAAGAUGAUGUGGACAUGCUGGCAAAAAAUGGCCCGGAAUCACAGGAAGCACUCUACCUGCUGAGAAAGGAGCAGUGUCAGACUAUCCUUUGUAUUUUACACUGUGUGGUGAACCUGCAGAUGCUGCCAGAUGAUGUGGAGGAGGCCUUACUUGCUCGUGCUAUUAAAGCUUUCACCAAGACAAGCUUCGAUUCUGAAAAUGGACCAUAUGUUUACAAUACCUUGAAAAGUGUAUUUAAACAAACACUGGAAGAAAAAAGGAAAAGGAUUAAGGAAGGAACAGAGAAUCCUCCUUGAUUUCUACAAGCUCUGAUGAAGCAUCAGAUGGGCCUACCAAAUUAUUUUGCAUUUUCCAGCUACUGUAUUUUGUGCUACCUGGCAUGAUCUACCUAACUUGAGGUAAUAGUAGUUAUUAACAAAUCAUUUUAUUUUUUUAGAGGGAGUUUUAGUGGCAGUUGUUCAAUCUACACAGUUUUAAAGAAGAGCUCCUGUGUGACCAUACUCUGUAGCAUUUGAUUUUCAGGUACUGUGCUUUUAUAUUGUAAAGGGUUCUCCUGUUCUCAAAUGUGUUUAUUGAUUUAGAAACCUCUGUUAUUGGCAAGAAACAUUAUUUUCAAGCUACACCAUUGCCAUAAGUUCAGUGCCAUGAUACACAAAGGUUUGAUGAGUUAAUAUUUCUGGAUCACAUAUGUUUACAUUAAUGUUCUUUGAUUUUACUUUGCAGAAAAUAAAUAUUGGCUGAACCACUGAAA